AUGAGAGGGAGCAGCGAGGAUAGAUGGAAAGGAUCGUUAGAGAACAUAACGGAGACGGCUUCGAAUCUCGAUUCUCUUCAGAAGCUUCUCCUCCAGAAAGCUGUCUUCGUUGAAGAAGACACUUUCUCUAGAGCCUCUCUCGUCCCCGAACAAGCCCGAACCAUCAAGGUGCUUGAGCAAAGGAUACAAACAUUAGAAAGAGAACUAGACGCCGCCAUUACAGCUUCUGCUCAUGCUCGUUCAGAGAAACGCCAAGCCGAAUCCUCACAAAACGCUGCGGAGUCACGUGCCCUUGAGGUCACUAAAGAGCUCGAAAACACUACAAAGGUUUUCAAGCUGCAUAUGGGAGAGCUACGAGGGAUGCAAGAACAGAUAUCCAAACGCGAUAACGAGAUCAAGCUCUUGGAAGCUAUCAUCCAAACGCUUGGUGGACUGAGAAAAGGUGGUGCUAUUGACUGA